UAUGUAUCUUUCCGCUGCAAUGGUACCAGGGGCAGACUGACCAUUUGGAAACUCUGGCACUGCCCGAGGCCCGGGGUCAGUAGGGGGCCCCAUGAGAUGCCCCUGGUACCUUUUUCAUAGGCUUCUUUGAGUUUGGGCAAGGACACAGGGGCCCCAUGAUCCCCUAUUGCCCGGGGGCCCCAUGAGUUGUCAGUCCGCCCCUGAAUGAUACUGUCCUUGCUCUGUGGCUGCAGUACCAGCUCCUACCAGAGGGUGCUUUCAGCAGCCAGAGUCUCACUCCU